AUGAGCGAUCCAGACGCAGACCGCGCCGCUAUGCCGCGGCCACCAUCCCCCGUGAGAGACCGCCAGCGCCGCGAGCCCCGCUCGCCCAAAACUCCCCAAACCCCUACUAGGGCGAUUUCAUUGCCAGCAUCGGAGUCGUCAAGAUCCGCUUCACAAGCCUGGAGUCACAGUUCUGGCGUACUCUCGGUCGCCACUAAACUGGAGCUCAUUCGAAUUUCAGGAAAAAACUGUUGGGCCUGCACCACGGCCGACCCCCAAGCCUGCCAUGUGUUGGGAAAAAGAGACACCCAAGACAACCUCUGGGCCCACUUGGGCCUUAUCAACUAUUCCCUCAGGUCAUUAUCAAACGCGAUUCUGCUCUGUGCCUCGUGUCAUGGACAAUUUGAUAGAGAUAAUGACCCGGGUUUCCUUCUUGUUCCGACUGACUUGGAUUUCUUUAUCGAAUUUGAGAAAGCCGACAGAAUCCGAAGACAGGCGGGUAGAUGGCCUCCCGGCCGACAAAUGCCAACAAGUGGCAUGUACAAAGAAUACCUCGAGAGCUCGGGCAAGGGGGAUGCGGGGUAUACCCCAAUGUUUCUGAAACAUUACCUACUUGCAGGGUCUGGAGUGACCCCUGAAAUGCUCCGAUUGACAGCACCCAAGUACUGGCAAGGGGCACCGGCCGCAGCACUGCGGCGCUGCAUCAUGGCCCUCGGGAGUGGCAGAAUCGUGGCUCUCGGCCACCAAGUUACACAACUUGAGACGCUGAGAAAUCUUUAUUUCUCUCCCAUUGAAGGAGCGUCGGCAAUCAAUGUCCAUAGUUGCGAUCUGGAGCCCCAGCUAGACCCUCCACAGUUCCAAGAUCAACCGGCCCAAAACCCUGAUUUGGAAGAACCCAAAUCCGAACCAGACUCCGAAGACCAAGACUCUGACCCCGAGUCCGACCAUGAUACAUACGGGCCCCACUCAAAAGAGCCGGAUUUCAAUCCAAACAGACAGCAUGAUAACCGGAAGCGGCAGGGAAAGGGUAGGAACCAGCAGGGCUCUAGGAAACAGGCGAAGCAUGCACCAGGUGCGACCAGACAUGCUACCGGGGAGAAUUGGGCCUUAGGCCCCAGCGCAACAACGCAGGAUGCCAUAUUGCGCUAUUCUCCAAUCUUCGCCCGCGGAUAG